GCUUUCGCAAGGCUUGAAAGACUACUGCAAAGGCUUUCACAGCAACUGCUACUCUCGCUAAUUUGCUUUGGUUAUUCGAGAGUUUGAAUUUUGCUGAAAACAUGUUUGUGGCGGAGGCGGCUGUGUCUUCCAUCUUUGAUGUGGUGCUUGAGAAGUUGGUGGCUGCCCCUUUGUUGGAGUAUGCACGCAGUCAGAAUGUUGAGGCCACUCUCCAAAAAUGGAAGAGGAUUUUGUUACAUAUUGAAGCUGUGCUGACUGAUGCUGAGCAGAAGCAGAUAAGGGACAGAGCUGUUAAGCUUUGGUUGGAUGAUCUCAAAUCUUUGGCUUACGACAUGGAAGAUGUUCUGGACGAGUUCAACACUGAAGCUAAUCUGCAGAUCCUGAUACAUGGACCCCAAGCUAGCACCAGUAAGGUACACAAGCUCAUCCCAACUUGUUUUGCUGCUUGUCAUCCUACAUCUGUCAUAUUUAAUGCAAAGAUUGGUGAAAAGAUAAAGAAUAUUACAAGGGAGUUGGAUGCUGUUGCAAAACGAAAACAUGACUUUCAUUUAAGGGAGGGUGUUGGAGGGUUGUCGUUUAAGAUGGAAAAAAGGGUACCAACCACUUCUUCGGUAGAUGAGUCUAGCAUUUAUGGUAGGGAUGCUGAGAAGGAGGCUAUCAUUCAAUUUCUCUUAUCCGAGGAAGCCUCCAGGGAUAAUGGUGAUAAUGGAGUUUCUGUAGUUCCCAUCGUAGGUAUGGGUGGGGUUGGUAAAACAACCCUGGCUCAAAUUAUCUACAAUGAUAAGAGGGUGGAGAGCCACUUUGAUACCAGGAUUUGGGUUUGUGUAUCGGAUCGAUUUAAUGUGAUAGGGAUAACCAAAGCAAUUCUCGAGGCGGUUACUCGUCCUUCACCGGAUUAUAAAAACUUGGAAUCAUUACAAAAUAUGCUGAAGAAUGAAUUGAAUGGGAAAAGAUAUUUCCUUGUUCUAGAUGAUGUGUGGAACGAGAAGCUCCAAAACUGGGAUGCCUUAAAGGCUCCUUUUAGCGUUGGAGCACAAGGCAGUAUGAUCAUAGUAACGACUCGUAAUGAAUAUGUUGCAUCCCUUAUGCGCACUGCUACCUCUUCUCAUCACCUUGAUGUGCUGUCCUUUCAACAGUGUUGGCUAUUAUUUGCAAAACAUGCCUUUGCUCAUAUGAAUCCAAACAUCCGCCAAAAGUUAGAGCCAAUUGGUAUGGAAAUAGUAAGAAAAUGCAAGGGCUUGCCUUUGGCCGCAAAGACUAUUGGAAGUCUAUUGCGCUCUAAACAAGAUGAAAAUGCUUGGAAUGGAGUACUGAAUAAUGGCAUAUGGGAUUUUCAAAUUGAACAAAGUGACUUUCUUCCAGCUUUAUACUUGAGUUACCAUUAUCUUCCAACAAAUUUGAAACGAUGUUUUGCAUAUUGCUCCAUAUUCACCAAGGACUAUAAAUUUGAAAAAAGGAACUUGGUGCUGUUCUGGAUGGCCGAAGGCUUAUUAGAUGGCUCCAAAAGAGAGGAAACUAUAGAAGAUUAUGGUAACAUGUGUUUUGACAAUCUACUUUCAAGAUCUUUCUUCCAACAAGCUAGUGAUGAUGAAUCAAUAUUUUUGAUGCAUGAUUUGAUCCAUGAUUUAGCACAAUUUGUAUCAGGAAAAUUCUGCUCUUCGUUGGAUGAUGAAAAGAGAAGUCAAAUUUCUAAGCAGACCAGACAUUCUUCUUACGUUAGGGCAAAGCAAUUUGAACUCUCCAAGAAAUUUGAUCGAUUUGAUGAAGCUCAUAAUUUGCGGACCUUUCUUCCUGUACAUACAGGUUAUCAAUCUCCUUAUAUCUUUUUAAGCAAGAAGGUCUCAGAUCUUUUAUUGCCAACAUUGAAAUGCUUACGGGUUCUCUCUUUAGCUGAUUAUCAUAUUGUGGAGUUGCCUCACUCAAUUGGAACUUUGAAACACCUACGCUACUUAGAUCUUUCUCAUACUUCAAUUAGAAGGCUCCCUGAAUCAAUAACCAACCUAUUCAACUUGCAGACAUUGAUGUUGUCAAAUUGUCAUUCUCUUACUCAUUUGCCCACAAAAAUGGGGAAACUAAUCAACUUGCGUCAUCUUGAUAUUAGUGGCACUAGCUUAAAGGAGAUGCCAAUGGGAAUGGAAGGGUUGAAACGUCUUCGAACAUUGACUGCUUUUGUUGUUGGUGAGGAUAGAGGGGCAAAAAUUAAAGAGUUGAGGGACAUGUCACACCUUGGUGGCAGACUUUGCAUUUCCAAGUUGCAGAAUGUGGUGGAUGCUAUGGAUGUCUUCGAGGCUAAUUUGAAAGGCAAGGAGCGUCUUGAUGAGUUAGUAAUGCAGUGGGAUGGCGAUGCUACUGCUCGUGAUUUGCAGAAGGAAACAACUGUGCUUGAAAAGCUACAACCUCAUAACAAUUUGAAAGAGCUGACCAUCGAGCACUAUUGUGGUGAAAAAUUUCCUAACUGGUUAGGCGACAUUCAUUUACCAAUAUGGUGUCCAUGCAACUCCACGAUUGUAAAAAUUGUUCAUCCUUGCCAUCGCUAGGGCAACUGGGAUCUCUCAAGGAGCUCUCUAUUAUGGGGAUUGAUGGAGUGCAGAAGGUGGGACAAGAGUUCUAUGGGAAUAUUGGGUCUUCUUCGUUUAAGCCAUUUGAAGCCCUAGAGAUUCUGAGGUUUGAAGAGAUGUUAGAGUGGGAGGAAUGGGUUUGUCGUGAAAUUGAAUUCCCUUGUUUGAAGGUGCUUUAUAUCAAGGAAUGUCCAAAGCUGAAAAAGGAUUUACCGAAACACCUUCCUAAAUUAACAAAACUUGAGAUUAGAGAAUGCAAGCAGCUGGUGUGUUGUCUUCCAAUGGCUCCCUCCAUUCGUAAAUUGGAGUUGGAGGAAUGUGAUGAUGUGGUGGUUAGGAGUGCGGGCAGUCUCACCUCAUUGGCUUCCUUGGAUAUAAGCAAUGUUUGUAAAAUACCAGAUGAAUUAGGACAACUGCAUUCUCUUGUAGAGUUGUAUGUGCGUUUUUGUCCCGAGCUAAAGGAAAUUCCACCCAUUCUUCACAACCUUACCUCUCUUAAAAACUUGAACAUCCAGGGUUGUGAGAGUCUUGCAUCUUUUCCGGAGAUGGCGCUGCCACCCAUGCUUGAAGGCCUUCAAAUUUUUUCCUGUCCCAUUCUGGAGUCCCUACCAGAGGGAAUGAUGCAAAAUAAUACGACUCUGCAAUACUUGGAUAUCCAUAGUUGUCGUUCUCUGAGGUCCUUGCCCAGGGACAUUGAUUCAUUGAAGAAACUUUCAAUCUACGAGUGUAAGAAAUUGGAGUUAGCACUCCCGGAGGAUAUGACGCACAAUCACUACGCUUCCCUUACCCAAUUAAAUAUAACAAAUAGUUGUGAUUCUCUCACGUCCUUUCCAUUAGCCUCCUUCACAAAGCUUGAGUAUCUUUUUAUCGAAAAUUGUGGAAAUCUGGAGUCCCUUUACAUUCCAGAUGGACUUCACCACGUGGAUCUCACAUCUCUCCAGUCAUUGUCCAUAUCUAAUUGCCCUAAUCUGGUAUCUUUUCCACGAGGAGGAUUGCCCACUCCCAAUUUAAGACUGCUUCGGAUACUACGUAACUGCGAAAAGCUCAAGUCACUGCCCCAAGGGAUGCACACCCUCCUUACAUCCCUUCAAGAUUUGUAUAUAUAUGAUUGUCCAGAAAUUGAUUCAUUUCCAGAAGGGGGAUUGCCCACUAAUCUAUCUGAGCUCUACAUCAUAAGUUGCAACAAACUCGUGGCCAAUCCGAUGGAGUGGGGCUUGCAAACGCUUCCCUUUCUUAGAAGCCUGAUGAUUGGUGGAUGUGAAAAAGAAAGAUUUCCCGAGGAGCGAUUUCUGCCCUCCACUCUCACCUCCCUUGAAAUUUGGGGUUUUCCAAAUCUGAAAUCCCUGGACAAUAAGGGGCUUCAGCAUCUUACCUCUCUUGAAACUCUGGAGAUUUCGAAAUGUGAAAAGCUCAAGUCCUUCCCAAAACAGGGGCUGCCCUCCUCCCUUUCACGUCUUUAUAUUCAAGGGUGUCCUCUGCUGAAGAAACGGUGCCAAAGGAAUAAAGGGAAAGAAUGGCCCAACAUUUCUCACAUCCCCUGCAUAGCGUUCGACAGAUACACGAAAAAUGAGGAGGUGAUCUUAUCAUGAGGGCCUUGCAUCGAAGCUCUUGCUCUCCUCUGCAUUUAUUGGCCCAGGAGCCUCUACUAUCUUGUUGUUGAUUGAGGAAGGUUGUCUACCAGAAUUGUUGGCUUCCUUGAUUUUCUACUUGGUUUUUGCAAGCACAUCAAAAUGUAGGGAGCAAAUGGAAAAAUCAACCUCGUAAAGCUCAUGUAGACAAAUGAUUCCUAAUUCCAAGACAUCCACUUUAGAUUCUUCAAAUAUGGCAAAGGGUUCAACAAACGUAUUCAUAGCAACAAAGUGCCUAUUCCAAUUAGCUUCCACAUUGGGCAUCAUUUAAGAAUUUGAAAGAAGUACUUGUACCUGCAUAACAAUGAGAGGUUCAUUUGAAGGAGGCACCAUUGAAGCAUGUCGGGGUGCAUUCUGUCGGGGAAGUAAAAGAUGGUUAAUCAGCCUUUGAGAAGUCAAAAUUAAAUCAGAGGUUCUAAACUUUUGGAACUCCAGUGCAAUGAAAAGGACUUUGGUAUGCCCUUUUGUAUGGGAAGAGCUUAAUCAGGCAUGCAGAGUGAUUCUCCUAUUGAUUAUCAGAUAGAAUGAAGGGCUCUGACAAAUGUACUAACCGCCGCAAAGUGCCCUGCUUUCGAUAGGAUGGAGAUUUUGCCAAUAGAGAUAGCUUGUUGGAAGGUGAUGUGGAAUCAUAAAGAUGUGGAAUCAUAUGGAAGAGAUAAGCAAAUGAUGCACUUCCAAGUUCUCCUCGCUUGCAUGGGACUCAGGUGUAACUUAGAUUGAUAUUUUGCUAAUGAUCUGUAUAUCCCCUGCCUUCAGUCUUGGGAUAGCAGUAUUCAGAUAGAUUUCUGCCACCUUUAAUUAAGAUCUUCUAUUCCCAUAAAACCAUGUGUAAGCAAUCCUGCUUUCUAUCACUGUAGAAGAGCCUAUCUUCAAAUGAAUGCUUUUUGUUGACUUCAUUACAUGGGACCCUGAUCCAACACUAGACUCCAAAAGGAGAACAAACAUGCAAACUGAAAUGAAAAAUUAAGAGAAAUACUUUUAAAUUUGGAAAAGUGGAGUAAUUCUGUUUGAAGUUGACAGAAAUGUUCGAGGAUUUCGUCUGUCUUUAAUGUAGGCUUUUGCCCAACUCAUUGGAUUUCUCAUACUUUCCCUCCUUCAUUUCCCAUUUUACUGGGGUUUUAUAUGUUGCUCCUUGCUGUCAAGGAACUCAAAAUUCCUCAGAUGUCCCUUUCAGCUGUUCAUAAGGAAUUGCAACAAACUCGUGGCCAAUCGGAUGGAGUGGGGCUUGCAAACGCUUCUCUUUCUUAGAACGUUGGGGAUUGAGGGAUGUGAGAAAGAACGAUCUCCGAGGAGCGAUUUCUGCCCUCCACUCUCACCUCCCUUGAAAUUAGGGGUUUUCCAAAUCUGAAAUUCCUGGACAAUAAGGGGCUUCAGCAUCUCACCUCUCUUGAAAUUCUGGAGAUUAGGAAAUGUGGAAACCUCAAGUCCUUCCCAAAACAGGGGCUGCCCUCCUUCCUUUCUCGUCUUGAUAUUGAUGACUGUCCUCUGCUGAGGAAACGAUGCCAAAGGGAUAAAGGGAAAGAAUGGCCCAAGAUUUCUCACAUCCCCUGCAUAACAUACGAUUGGGAAGAUGAGGUGAUUUUAUCAUGAAGGCCUUCGAUCCAAGCUCUUGCUCUUCUCUGCGUUUAUUAGCCCAGGAGUAUCUACUAUCAUCUUAUUGAUGGAGGAAGGUUGUCCACCAGAAUUGUCAGUUUACUUGAUUCACUACUUGGUUUUUGCAAGCACAUCAAAAUGUAGGGAACAAAUGGAAAAAUCUGCAUGGUAAAGCCCAUGUAGACAAAUCAUUCCUUCCCAGACAUUACGAUUUAGAUUCUUCUGAUAUGUCAAAGGAUUCAACAAAUAUAUUCAUAGAUUCUAAUUAGGGGCCACACCUGAACGUGGAUUCAAAUGCUCUGAAUCUCAUAAUGUGAGGACAACAUCUAGUUUGUUGUUGUUCUUGUCAAGAGAUUGUUUUUCACUGCUCAAGAUUUCAAUCUUAGGCAUUUCUGAUCACUGCUACCAGUCCAGAAUCCUGAAGGCAAUGUCAUUGCAUUGAUUCCAUGAUCUUGCUCCAAACAAAAGUUUAGUACUCUGCUUAAGGAUUGCCAUUGCGGCUGCUCCAUUCCUUGAAAGGCAUGUUUAUGUAAACAAAAGCACUGUCCAUUUGUUGUUUUAGACUCAAUAAUUAUGUAAAAGGCUGAACUAUCGUGUUAUAUCCAACGAAAAAUGAUGAACUGUUAGAAUCAUCAUGAAAAAAGCAGAGGAUCCUUUUGCUUACGCAUUCAACACAUAUUUUUGCUUAUAUUUUUCAAAUUUCCAAUCAUUGAGUAUAAGCUAAUGAAUCAAAGAACAAGUAAAAAAGUUCUUGUUGUUGAGAUUCUAAGUGAAUAGAAAUGGUUCAUGUGCUUGAUGAACUAAAGGAAGUUGUUGCACCUAGGUCUGGGUUAAACCAUAAAAAAUAUAGUUGCAAAGCCUACUGUAUAUUUCACCAACUAUUUAUGGAAUAAAACAUUUUCAAUUUCACAUUAUGAUACCUGAUUAGACAACUUUGAGAAAUGAUAGGCUGCUCGGUCUUUUUAAAGUACGGUACAGAGGUUAAUCAAAUGCAUUUUGUUCCAUUGUUGUCUGCAUUUGAUGUUCACGGUAUCUAUGAUAGUGUUCUCUAUUAUUAUGCAUUUUGCCAUCUCUUGUCUUAAUAGAAUCACUUUUUCCAUUUCAAUAACAACACUUAGAUUGCUUUACAUUCCGAAUAUUUUAAGUCAUCCUCGCUUCUGUUACAUUUAUCAGUUUCCCUAUGAAAUUGUUUUUAAACUCCUAGUAUGAAAUUAAGAUUAAUAUAAACUCCAAAAUUGAACAGCUCUGUUUAACUUUAAUGAAGUAUUCAACUAAGUACUGCUGGAUAAAGAAGAUUUAAUUGUUACAUCAGUUUCUUCUAUAUGUGUUAGCUGUUUAAACAUGUCUCCCACUUUAUGUUAUUCUGCUUCUACACCGGGCAUCAUUGAAGCAUUUUAAAAAGGGUACUGUACUUGUAUAGCUUCAUUGGGAAUUUCAAUGCAAUAAAAAGGUAUGAAAAUUGGAUAGCUUCUAUGCCUUUCACAAAUGCACUUUUAUACUAAAACCUGUCUAAGAGAGGAAAUUAAAUCAAUCCCUACCCUACAAUUUAGUUUUGAGUUUUUUGUUUUUUGAUUUUUGGAAACAUGUGGAUGCAUUUACACAUGCCUGAUCCUAGGAUGGAGAUUCUGAUCAAGAUUUGCUGGUUAGACUAUAAUGUGGAAUCAUGAGGACAUGGAAUUAAAUAGAGACAAUAAGCAAUUAAUCCACUUUCCCAUUCUUCUCUCUUCAAUAGGUCUUGGACAUGCCAUUCUGUAUAGGAAGAGCUUAAUCUGCAUUUGAAAAAGGUACUUGAACCAAAGUAGCAGCCAUUGCAAAGACAUUUGAUGGAGGCUUCAUUGGAGCAUGUCAGAUGGUUAAUGAGCCUUUCUCAAGUCAACAUUAAAUGGAUGUUGACCAACAAGAUUGCUUGUGGGAAGGUGACGUCGAAUCACAAAUAAGUGAAAUGAUAUGGAAGGGAUAUGCAAUUGAUACCCGUCCCUAUUCUGCUCACUUGAAUGUGACUCAAGUACAUCAUUAUGCAUGUCUUCGGCUAACAGUAUUCAGACAGAUUUCUGCCACCUUCAACUAUGGUCUUCUGUCACCAUAUAACCACGUGUUGAUGUUCAUCCUAAUAACUUAAUUCUCAUGCCCUAACUUGAAGAAAUGAUGGACAACCAAAUAUGAGAAAUGAGGAAAAAUUAAAAGAGAAGCUAUUAAAUUUGGAAAAACAGAGUAUUGCUGUUUGAAGUAGACUGAAAUGUGCAAGGAUUUGUCAUUGAUGUAGGCUUCUACUAUAACCACUAUAGUUUUCCAUGUUAAUAGAGUUUCAUGCUGGCUCCUUGCUACAAUGGAACUACAAUGUCCUCCAUGCACCUUUCAGUAGCUCUUAAGGUUGUAAAUAUGGCUCUGUACACGGAUGCUUGUUCAUAUGAUGUAUGGAUCACGCAGUGAGUGGAGAAUUGGUUCUCAUAGUUGCUGCAAAUUUGGUGCAGAAUCACAAGCACUCAGACUAACUGAAUGACUAGGCAUCAGAACAAGCUAUCAGUAUUUUUUUUUUCUCCAUUGAAUAGAUGGGAUUAAAACAUGGGCAAUUGUGGAAAGGAAGGAACCGUCUUCUUCAUUAUUGAUUCAUAUAUCAACUAAAAUGGCAACAUUUGCAGUUGUUGGAAACCUCCAUGGCAACAGUUCUUAGGUCUUUUAAUUUUGAAUACAUGAAACAUUUUUCCCAAUAUAUGUUGUUCCUUCGAUCUAUUCUCCCCUGGGAGUGUUUUAUGAUGAGAUAUUAUUGAAGUUGUACUAUUUCUAUAGUUCAACAUGAUAGGGGGCUAUUCAGUAUCUUUUAGUCAUUCAGCUUUACUGAUAUGAUUCCAAAUCUUAAGAAUUAUUGCAUUUUGAAUAGUAAUGAUCUUCUUUUAACUA